AUGCUGCCCCUUUCCAAUUCGGAAUCCUGGUUGGAUGCCGUGGAUUUGGCAUUUGCAACGGAAUUCGCACCCAACCAAAGCGUACGACAAAGUACAUCUUCGCGCAAGGAGGUCUUCUACGCUUCUGCUGAUGACGUGCCCUCUGGACUAAAAGUGGGCACUACCCCGGAUUUCCUUUUGUUCAGCUCUCACAUGACCUACAGGGCGGUCUGGAAUUGGCCAAUGAACGCAGGGGCCUAA